UUACACUUGGCACAAGUCAGGCAAGUACCGUUCUCCUGGCAACUGCUAAACCCAGACACAUACAUCCAACUGCCAGACAGAGAAGCGUCUUUGACUAUUGACUCUGCAGACAGUUGGCGUCUUCUGUGCGCUUCAGCAUGCACUGACCCUGCUUUAUCAUUUUAUGUGGCCUACCACUUCAUGGCUGAGUUGCUGUUCAUCCCACUUGCUUCCAUUUUGUUACAGUACCAGUAACAGUUGACCAUGGAAUAUUUAGUAGCAAGGAAAUUUCACAGAACCACACUUGAAUUCACUGAGCUCCUGAGAGCGACCCAUUCUUUCACAAAUGUUUGUAGAAGCAGUCUGCAUGCCUAG